GUUCUCACUUUCAUCCUACUCCACCUCCAGUUUACUUUGCAAAUUUUGGGUUCAUUUGGAGUAGUGUGGAGGUGGCCAGAUGUUCCAGUAAUGUACGACUUACAGGCUAAAACACUAUGAGAAUGCUAAGCCACAUCAUCAGCCUACUCAUACUUUUAAAUAAAAGCGAUCAAGGGAAACCACAUAUAAGGCUAUAUAAAUCUGCUUGAUGUAGUAUGACUAUGUUGAAUGCCAGCUUUGAACACUUCAGAAGGUGCUAUAACAAAUAAUGAAGACUUUGAAGAAAAUGGAACCAUUUGAAUUGAAACACACCAACUUAUUUACAGUAUUCUAAGUUGUCAAGGAAUCAAAUAAAAGCCUACCAUCCUUAUGCAUUCCCUUGUUCCUCUGUGGCUUCUUCAUAUGGUAUACAUGUUUCUGAUAGAAAUUACUCUUGCCAGGGAUUAGCUGUAAGGUUAUCAAGCAACUUCCCCCUUUUACCUCUAGUCUCUUACUGUUAGAAUCUGAAAGUGAACUUAUUUCUAAAGCUGAGAUUAAUACAAGCAAAUGUUAAAAGAAAGUAAAGUAGACUUUCUCCCUGUGACUCAAAGUAAAAAGAAUGAGUACCUAUUUCACAAAUAGUCUAUGUGUGCUAACUGGGUUAUUUUUCUCUUGGAAAAAGUUCUUUUUUAAUUUUACUAAGAAAUUAAAGUUGUAUUAGCAGCUUUAGAUUGGAAAAUUUUCAAAAGAUAAAUUGCCAUUUAUUAUUCUAUGAUUAUCAGUUUAAUUCUCCCCUCAAAAAGAAACCCCACUUUUUUGAUGACCAUAAAUAGUCAUGGGCUGCUGAUAAUCAGCUAUUGUCCUCAUCCUGGCCUCAUCAGAUCCAACAUUACUGCCCAGUCAGUUCCAAAAAUUUGACUAGUAGCCUGCAUAAGUGACAAAGUCAUCUGAAACCUCAGGCUCCUUUUUGGUGGGUAUUUUGUUUAAUCGCUCCUUGACCCUUUCUAAGAAAUCUUAUUUGCCCAAGGGAAAUUUGGCACUGUAAAAGAGUGUUUGCAUCUACUUAGGGAAAUGUGCCUGAAAUGGUGGCUUAUUUGGAACUGAGAGGGAAUGGAAUGGACCAGACAGAUGAGCCAGUUUAAGCAGGCAGAGAGCAACCUGAGCCUCCUAAAUCUUAUAUAAGGAGUUGGUUCUUAGCAAAGCAAUUCACUGGGUUUGGAUCAAGCAAGACCCAUUUCCAUUCAACAAGCGUCUCAGUAAACUCUGUAAAAAUUCUUUAUUCAACAACUGCCUUAAGGCACGUCAUAUCAUCUUAGAGUCCACUUAGAUUUCUAAGAUGGUGCGGAUUUCUCGAUUCAGCCCUGCAGAUACCAUGGUAGAAAUUGCUCUCCAAGAAUCUGAUGAUCUCAGAAGGGACCCUGCAUUCAGCCAUCACAGCGCUCCUGCCUCCCAGGAUGUGUGUCAUUCAAUGGUAGAUGCAGGACGAGUUGAGAGUAUCACCCAGCGUUCCCAGGAACUUCCUCAGAUGAUGGCUGCAGCGGCUGAUGGUUUGGGGAGCAUAGCAAUAGACACAACCCAGCUCAACAUGUCUGUGACAGAUCCAACAGCCUGGGCCACAGCCAUGAACAACUUGGGCAUGGUUCCCGUGGGGUUGCCUGGACAGCAGCUUGUGUCUGACUCAAUCUGUGUCCCAGGCUUUGAUCCAGGCCUCAAUAUGAUGACUGGAAUCACCCCCAUCAAUCCAAUGAUACCAGGCCUGGGGCUGGUACCACCGCCACCACCAACAGAAGUGGCCGUUGUCAAAGAAAUAAUCCACUGCAAAAGUUGUACGCUUUUCCCUCAAAAUCCAAAUCUUCCACCUCCAUCCACAAGAGAGCGACCUCCUGGGUGUAAGACUGUGUUUGUCGGAGGAUUACCAGAGAAUGCUACUGAAGAAAUUAUUCAAGAAGUCUUUGAGCAGUGUGGUGAUAUUACAGCUAUCCGAAAGAGCAAGAAGAAUUUUUGUCACAUUCGCUUUGCAGAGGAAUUCAUGGUUGAUAAAGCCAUUUACCUUUCUGGUUAUCGAAUGCGGUUAGGGUCAAGCACGGACAAAAAGGAUUCUGGCCGCCUUCACGUCGACUUUGCCCAGGCCAGGGAUGACUUCUAUGAGUGGGAAUGCAAACAGAGGAUGCGAGCCCGCGAGGAAAGGCACCGACGCAAGCUGGAGGAGGACCGGCUCCGGCCACCCUCCCCGCCGGCCAUCAUGCACUACUCGGAGCACGAAGCUGCCCUUCUGGCCGAGAAGUUGAAAGAUGAUAGCAAGUUUUCUGAGGCGAUUACAGUGCUACUUUCCUGGAUAGAACGAGGGGAAGUGAAUCGCCGUUCAGCAAACCAGUUCUAUUCCAUGGUUCAGUCAGCCAACAGCCAUGUCCGCAGGCUCAUGAAUGAAAAAGCCACCCAUGAACAAGAGAUGGAAGAGGCGAAGGAGAAUUUUAAAAAUGCCUUAACUGGGAUCCUCACUCAAUUUGAGCAGAUUGUGGCCGUUUUCAACGCUUCUACCAGACAAAAAGCUUGGGACCAUUUCUCGAAAGCUCAGCGCAAGAACAUAGACAUUUGGCGAAAGCAUUCUGAGGAACUCCGGAAUGCUCAAAGUGAACAGCUCAUGGGCAUCCGUCGUGAAGAAGAAAUGGAAAUGUCUGAUGAUGAGACUUGUGACAGCCCUACUAAAAAGAUGAGAGUCGAUGAAUCAGCACUGGCUGCUCAGGCCUAUGCUCUUAAAGAGGAGAACGACAGCCUCCGCUGGCAGCUGGAUGCCUACAGGAAUGAGGUAGAGCUAUUGAAACAAGAGAAAGAACAGCUUUUCCGAACAGAAGAAACCCUCACCAAGGACCAGCAGCUACAGUUCCUGCAGCAGACCAUGCAAGGCAUGCAGCAGCAAUUACUGACCAUCCAGGAGGAACUGAAUAACAAAAAGUCAGAACUGGAGCAAGCCAAGGAAGAACAAUCCCACACACAAGCACUAUUGAAAGUCCUUCACGAACAGUUGAAAGGUACAAAGGAGUUGGUGGAGACCAAUGGCCACAACCACGAGGAUACAAAUGAAAUCAAUGUGUUGACAGUUGCCUUGGUCAACCAAGACCGAGAGAACAAUAUUGAGAAGAGAAGCCACGGCUUAAAAUCAGAGAAAGAAGCCCUGCUAAUAGGCAUCAUAUCAACGUUUCUUCAUGUUCAUCCUUUCGGAGCCAAUAUUGAAUACCUUUGGUCAUACAUGCAGCAGCUGGACUCCAAGAUAUCAGCCAGCGAGAUCGAGAUGCUUCUGAUGCGGCUACCUCGCAUGUUCAAACAGGAGUUCACCGGUGUGGGUGCGACGCUGGAAAAGAGAUGGAAACUGUGUGCCUUCGAAGGAAUUAAAACUACCUAGCUAUGGAAGGGGGCAGAUCUCUGACAGUGAACAGAGCCUGAAGGCAGCCAGGGGUGGGAUCGACCAUUGAGGGACUGAGGAGGAGCAAACAUGGCCUGACUUAGGUUACAUCUAUGGCAGUUCUCUUGUGAGUGGAAAUGUAAUUGUGUACCAAUCCCUUAGACUAAGCAAAAGCUUCAUACUGUGACAGAUGUUUCCUACAAAAACCAGUGAUUCCACACUUAUCACGUUGGCAAAAAUUCUUAAAAAUAGGCUGCAUUUGAGAAUAGCUCACCUAGAGAAAUAUUAAAGUUAGUGAGGGAGUAGCCAUGGUGGUUGCUAGGCUACGGAUUUGUAAAUGUAAUGUAUAGCCGACAUCAUUAAAUGACAUUUUCCUGACAGUCUUUCUGUUUUAGUUAAAAAAUAAAAAUAAAAACAACAAAAAUAAUAAUUUUGCAGUGAUGAAAAAUCAUACCAAAAGAAAACUUGAAUAUGUGUCUGAAAAGUUAUUGUAUUUUAUAAAUUAAGUUAUAUGCUGUUUCCAGGGACUUUUGCCUUAUUGAAGAGGCAGAAACAAUGAUUGGACAACUUGAGAACGCUUUACCAAGAAUAUUAUUUUUCUAACGUAACAAUUCUCCAUCCUAAGUUCUUUUAACAUGGACUGAGUAACAGUUUUCAUAAAAUGUAAAUAAAGGGAAAACUUGUGCUGCUGUCUUGUACGUGAUAUGUGAUAUUCAGGUUUCUGCAUCAAAAUAAACAUUCAGUAAAUAUUCCUGUUACAAAUUUUAUAGGAAAGACAUUAAUUUUUUUCAAUAAAUAUGACUUCUACCACA